UUGUCACAUCGCAUAUCGCGACAAGUCAGAUUUUUUGUUGCAGCUACAUGUCCUAAUACCAACUACCAUAUAAGAUAGUGAAUCUUCUGAGGAAUAUGUAUUUACCAAAUGAAGGCUUAAAUAUUUGUAAACAAAAAUAAUAUGAUUAUUAGAAUGCAUAAAGAACAUCAAAUUUAUGUAUUUUGACAUAUUUUGUCUAUUAUUAAAAACAUAAUUUUAAUGAUUUAUCAUAUUCUUCAUGAUUUUAGAAUAUUAUAUUAUGUUGAAUCAAUAGUUUUCACAAAUAAAUUUACUGAAUUAGUUGAUGGUUUUUAUUUUUUCUAUAAUUUUAUGAUUAAUACUCUAGAUAGUCAAAUUAAAUAUCACAUGAACGUUAGUUCUGAAAUCUCUGGUAAGCCACGCACUUCACCUCUAAUCUUUCAGAAUAAGUCAGCAGGCACAUCAGGAUAAUUCAACAAUGGAGUGUCCUUUGAGUAUUGAAACUCAACCCUGUCAGAAAUCCUAAGAUUUGGCUUCUUGGGAGGAGGAAGUAUUGAUCCCUCUGCGAGCACACAUUUUGCGGCAUAAAUUAUCCUCUCCAUGAUGAGAUCGUUUGCUGCAUUGGCAGUGUCUUCCUCAUUAUGAGAAGGAGUAGUUGAAGGCUGAGCAGGUUCUUCGGUGGUUUUCUCUACAUCCUACUUGGAAGACUUGUAUGCGUUCUCCGGCAGACUUGUCGACAUUCUCCUUGGCAGAUUUCGCAUCUUUUCUUUGCUGACUUAUCUGUUUUACCUUUUUUGCAUACUUGGCUUUCUUGUUCUUUGUUGACUUGGAGGACUCGGCAGUGGGGAAAUGGAUUGUUGGGGAUUAUGACGCCAUUCCAUCAAGGAUAUGCAUUUGGUUCAUAACGUUGAGAUCCAUCUCUUCUCCAAGUUGAUCAGCGUAAAAGAAUGUUCUUUAUGACUUUACCCAGUCAGCUGAACGAGUUUACACAGUUCUGUAAAGAAAUGAGUACAAGGCGAAUUAAUAGAGGAUUGACAGAAAAUGGAAAAUCAUUAGAAGAGAUGUCACAGAAAAUACGAAGAUACAACUUCAACUAUCUACCAGUUUUAGGAUUCCACAACACUGGAUAAUCGAUUGGUGGUUCCUCAAAAGCUACUCGGUUCAUAUUGAUGUAGAAAUAGUGACGCAACUGGUUGAGAGUCUUUGAGGGAUGACAGGUCAGGAUAUUAAGCUUGUAUUCAUCUUAGUAUAAAUAUACCCAUUUUGAUUCAGUUGGACUUGAACCAUCUCUUCAAAAAAUCUGACAUUCACUGAUAUGUCAAACUUAGCGGCCAAAACCAUCAGUGAUACAAUGAUCCUGAUUGAUCCAGUCAUCAGUUGAGAUAGAGCAAUGCCUUUUCUACUGCAGUAAGCUAUGAUGAGUCGAGGAAUUAGGAACCAUAGCUUGGAUUCCUUUGGAAACCAACACUACACACAAGUUCAUCCUAGAGUAGGAGUUCACGGCCGUUGAUCGGAUCUUGGAAUAACAAAUGUGAAACCAAGAGAGAUGGUAGGUAACUCUAAAAUCUCUGUCACAUUCGUAAAAUUCAACCAUGUCGACUCGAUGUCUAUCCAAUUCUGCCCUCGGAAAAACUGAUGCACAAAUCUCGGCAUCAGUAUAGGCAUGCGGAUAGAUAAAAAGUCCAUUUCAACUACGAAAAAUUGGGUGCUGCUCGAAAUAUCGGAUUCCCUCUCUGUUGCUUUCUAGGUUGGAACCGAUAAUAGGAACCUCUUCCAUGCGAUCAUCUUUUGCCUCUUGACCGUCCCCAUCAUCUCUGAAUGUUUCCUAAUCAUGACAAACUAACUAAAGCUGAUUAAAGUCUAAUCCGUUAGUGUCUCUUAACACGCUUUGAUGAAUCCUAGCCACGUCGUUAACAAGACUGGACAUGUCGCAGACAUACGGAUCCAUACAAUUGGGGAAGAAACUCUCUCCUUUCCUUUUCUCAGACAUCUACAAAUUGAUGACAUCUUUUCCGAAGAACAGUUGAAGAACAUGAGACAAACCGGAGAAAUUAAGCCAACUUGAAGUAAAAAAUCGGAAAAUAUAUAGUAAAGAGUGAUGAAAAAGAGGAGAUUUUAAGAGAAAACUAACCUUGUAUCAUGAAGAGAAGUGAAGAAAUGAAAGUGAGAUCCCUUAUUCAUAAUGUCAAUGCACGACAACCGAAGAAACAUCAUCAUUAGGUCUAAGAGACGAGUUUAUGAUUUCAAUAGUAAGGAUAAUUUAAUCCAAGGUUAAAAUGGUUUAUUGUUAACCAGACUAAAGUCUACUAAAAUUACCGAGAUGAAAGUCCACCAUCAUUUUCAAAAACAGGUGCAUAGUUAUUUACUUUUAGAACAUAUUUUUACAAAUUCAUUGACAUCAACUUCGUAUAUCAUAAUAAAUUGGAGAACUUAUUAUCAGAGAUGGAUUACGUUCUCCGGAGAAACCCAUCAAGUUAACUAAACUCGGAUCAAUUGCUCAAAGAGCGAUCAAAGGUUACACCGACUUAGAAGCGAAAAGAAUGUAUUCGAGUAUAAAAUGUGAGAACUGGAAAUCAGAAGUAGACAAUCACAAACACACGCUUUUAGGCAAAAGAUUAAGAUCUUCAUAUUUUACGUUGUUCUUACCUAGUUGAUCAUCUUUCCAUAGAAAUUCGUCUUUUCUCUUAUAAUCCAUCUUUCAUCAGUCAAUAAACUCUUUUAAAUAGCUCAUCAUCAAAUUCGUUGAUACAUCGUAUAUGUGCUAAAUUCAGAUUAAACAAUGUGUAAUGUUUAUAUUUAAUCCAUGAGGUCACUUGUGCACAAUUUUAUUUAUUUUAUGCCAAUGCCAUUUUAUUUUAUUUUUAAAUAAAUGUAAAUUGUUUUGGUAAACCGGGAGGCUGGAUUCAAAUUGAAAAACGGUUGAACCGACUUCAUAUAGUCCUGGUCAGAGAAGCCGCCUGCGAAACAGAACAGCUUCGGUUUCUAGAUUAUCUCCGAUGGAGAAGCUGCGGAAAGUAGUGAAGGAGAUCGCCUACACGAGAGACCACACAAACUCCCCUGCACUUCACCGCUCACUAGUUCCCUUUCUCACCUUCGCUUCUUCCCUCUACGGAGUCGCCCUCCAUAUCCGCCGCUCUCUUUACCGCUCCUCCUUCUUCCAUCAACACCGAUUGCCGGUUCCGGUGAUCAGCGUAGGGAAUCUGAGCUGGGGAGGUAAUGGGAAGACGCCAAUGGUUGAGUACAUCACGCAGCUGCUCCUCUCUUCUGGCAUCUCUCCGCUUAUUCUCACUCGUGGUUACGCUGGUGGUGAUGAAGCCAAAAUGCUUGAAAGACAUCUCCAAGGUGGACCCACAAAGAUCGGUGUUGGACCAAACAGGGCUGCCACUGCUGCCUCGUGUUUUGAAAAGUACGGCUGUGCAAACCCAUCUAGCAUUAGGACAUUCUUUGAUCGUACCUUACUCCAUGAGACAGCCAAAGUCGAGACCUUUUCUCAAGAAAUUGGGGCUGUCGUUCUAGAUGAUGGGAUGCAGCAUUGGAGUUUGUGUCGUGACCUCGAGAUUGUGAUGCUUAACGGGCUGAAUCCGUGGGGGAAUGGUAACUUAGUUCCCCUUGGACCUUUACGGGAGCCUCUUCCAGCGCUUGACCGGGCUGAUAUAGCUGUAGUACACCACGUGGACUUGAUACCUGAACAAAGCCUCAGAGAUAUUGAGAAGACGAUUCAUGGAUUCAAAAACUCCAUCCCUAUCUUCUACUCCAAGAUGGUGCCCAAAUACUUGUUCGAUGUUAAAAAUGAUAGGUCACAUGUAGCUUUAGAAGCAUUGCACGAUGCAACUGUGCUAUGCGUUUCCGCUAUUGGAUCCGCUGACGCAUUUGUCGAGAACAUUGAGAUGGUUGGAGCACGUUUUGUUGAUAGACUUGAUUUCAGUGAUCAUUAUUUAUUUGAAGCACAGGAUGUUGAAACUAUGAGGAGGAGAGCAAAGGGACUAGAGAACAGAUCUGAUUCCAAGCCUAUUAUUGUGGUGACCGAAAAGGAUUAUAACAGGGACCCGGAGAUUCUCAAAAGUCUGGACUCAUACACAGUCUUGGUUCUGUGUUCUAAGUUGGAAAUAACUCCUUGUAGAGACACUAAUGUGGAUGACUUUAAAUCUACACUUUGUAAAACUCUGGCGGUUAAGUUUCGUGUUUCUAAUUAGAAUUCUGGCGGUUAAGUUUCCGUCGUGUUUUGAAAAUAAGAUAUUCAAGAAAGUGUUUCCAAUGUGUUUCAACUU